GAGGUUAAAUGUUCAUUUGGCAAGAGGGAUGGUUGAACCCUUAAGUACAUAUUGCAGACAAUAAACUUCAAUUUACAAUUAUACUGCCACUUCCGGGAUUUUCUCCAGCUCUAUACAACUGCGUAUGAAUAGAUGAAAGCAUUUUUCAAGGUGCGGAAUAAAAUUAGUCCAAGCGCUCCAGUUUUUAACUUAUGAAUACAUGUGCGAGGGAUUGAAAGAUUUUGGGUUCUAGGACCUAAUGGAUGAGUGAAAAUCUGAAGCUACUGAAGAUAUCUGUAUGCUCAUUGCCAAUCUUCUCCAUUUUUGUAAACAUGUCUGAGAAAGCAACUUGCCAACGUUUUCAGUACAAAGGCUGCAACUUUCUCUCCCCUAUCUAUACCAUAGAGCACUUAGAAAAACUGGAACAUUUUGAAGUAAGGGACAGUGAUGUAUUUGCAGUGACGUACCCCAAAUCCGGCACCAUGUGGAUGCAGCAGAUUCUGAGUUUAAUCUAUUCAGAUGAUGACACACCAGCAGUACAAAGUAAAUCAGCAAUGGAACGCGUCCCUUGGAUUGAGCUCCCAAACUCAAAUUUUGAGGUGCGCCAAUCACCUCGCCUGAGUGUUACCCACUUACCCUAUCAUCUGGUUCCAAAAGGUCUGAAGGACAAACAAGGAAAAGUUAUUUACGUCGCUCGAAAUCCCAGAGAUGUAUUGAUGUCCUUGUACUACUUGCAUAAUCAUCUUAGCACAUUUGAAACACCGAAGAGUUUUCAAGACUUCAUGGAGCAAUUUGUAGAUGGUAGAGUGGAAUUCAGCUCCUGGUUUGACCACAUCAAGGACUGGUAUGAUCACAGGCACGAGUUCAACUUUCUGUACAUGACUUAUGAGGACAUGAAGAAGGAUCUAAGAGGAGCAAUACAAAAAGUAUGCAACUUCCUCGAGAAGCACUUGGAUGAUAAAAAGCUUGACACAAUUGUAAAACAAUGUACCUUCAGUACCAUGAAAGCAACUCAAGUGGUCAAUUACGAAAAAACCCCAGACAAAUCUCCGGAAAAUGCAUUCUUACGAAAAGGCACAUUUGCAGACUUGGAAAAACAUUUUGCGGAGCCUCAGAUUGAAAUGUUCAACAGAAUUUUCCAAGAAAAACUGAAGGAUUCUCCUUUAAGAUUCUCCUGGGAUAAUACUGAAAACAUGGAUGAGCAAAGCUCUGAGUUAAUUGAUAGCAAAAGUUUCACUUACAAAGGCUGCAUAUUUUCAGUAGCUCACGUUCUGGAACGCCUGGAGCAAAUGGAAAAUUAUGAUGUGCGAGACUCGGAUGUUUAUGUGGUAACCUACCCAAAGUCUGGAACAGUAUGGAUGCAGCACAUUAUGAAAGAGAUCUUUACAGAUGUCGAUCUCGACGAUUCAGAGAACAAGGCUUCUUAUUUGCAAGUUCCUUGGCUUGAGUUAAAAAUAGAUUCUAUUAAUACUGACGACCGUCCAUCACCACGUCUCUUUGUCACACAUUUGAAUUAUGAUCUGAUUCCGAGAGCUCUGAAGAAGAAAAAGGGCAAGGUUAUCUAUAUCUACCGAAACCCCAAGGAUGUUGCAGUUUCUUACUAUCAUUUUAGAAUAUUCGCCAAGUACAUGAAAACUCCGAAAAAUUUUGAAACGUUUCUGCAGGAAUUUCUGGACGGCCAAGUGGAUUAUAACGGCUGGUUUGAUCACGUUAAGAAUUGGUACGAUCACAGAGACGAGUUCAAUAUUGUGUUCCAGUCAUAUGAAGAGAUGAGUAAGGACCUGAGAACUGCAGUGCAAAAUAUGAGCAAGUUUCUCGGAAAAUCUUUGGAUGAUAACAGAAUUGACCAAAUUGUGAAAUCCUCUACCUUCAAGAACAUGAAGGCAAACCCCAAAUCAAACUACGAAGAUAUCACUUCUGAAUCAUUUGAUAAGACCGUACCAGGAUUUAUGAGAAAAGGGAUAAUAGGAGACUGGAAAAACUACUUCACCGUGGCACAAAGUGAACUCGUUGACAAGAUUUUCCAGGAGAAAAUGAAAGGCUUCCCACUAAAGAUUAUUUGGGAACAGUGAUAAUGUUUUCUUCAGGAACAGUGAGCAUUGAUCAUCGGCUAUCAGUUACAUAUAAUACUGAAAUAAUUAUAAAACUUUUGUAGAAAUACUGAAGGAAGAAUAAUCAGAUAUUUGAAAUUUGAAUAAAAAAUUAGAAAAUGUUGGAAAUUGAGCAAACGUUAAAUUGAAUUAUAAUGUAAUAAUAAUCCUUGCAUUUGAUACAGCACUUAGCCAAUUAUAAUGUUAGCCAAUUUAACAGGUCUUUCCAAACUGCAUUUGAUAGACUUGUUCAAUUACCAGCAUCACAGUUCCUGCAGUGAAGUUGCUUAAUCUCUGCAGUGUCCUCAGUUCUAUCUUGAUAAAAAUCACUUCCCUGCUCCCUUUAGAUGGUGGCUAAAUGCAUAGUUUAUAAUAAUAAUAAUCCUUGCAUUUGAUAUAGCGCUUUUCAUGUCUUUGAGACGUCUCAAAGCUUCACAGAAUAUACUGUAAAGUGAAUUGACGGUGUAUUUGUGGUCGAAACCCGGCAGCCAACUGCUCACAGCAGUGUCCCACAAACAGUCAUGGAUUGAGUGACUAAAUUAUUAUUGNUUUUUUUCUUGAGACAUUAUUAUCAGAUUAUAUAUCGGAAGUAUUCCUUCAAGCUAUGGUCACGAAAAUAUUCACUUGUAAAACUUUUCAUUAAAUUCAUCUAUUGCUUGAU